AUGCAGACACGAAACAGCUACUGCUUUGAGUACCUAGUGACGAAGGCAAAAAUGCCCCGCCAACGCACCUGCUGUCCCUUUAUGCAACGCACGCUGUACCGAGUGGCGCGAAACCUGGCGCGCCUUGAUCUGGGCUUCUCUUGCCCCGACCUGGAGGGUACCACCAGUCCGACCUCCACGGCCACGCCCACACCCACGUCCACCCUGAAGCGCAAGAAACGCCACCAUGGUGGUGAGCGUGGAGUUGAGGAGAUCAGGCCCGGUUCCGGCAGUGUCCUUGGCUGGCUGGUUCGUGGCACACUGAGCCGCCGAGACCCCUCGAUGGGACCCUCUGACACCCUCUCGUCUCUGCCACCUGUGGAUGGCAAUGAUGUUGAUAACGACACGCUAAACGAACAGGGAGGUCUAGAAACUUCGGAAGUGGAGGAGGAAACAAUGCCUGGAGAAGUUACUGAUCACCUCCUCCUGAAGCAGAAAAGGAAGCUGCUUCGACGACAAAGGAUCUACGACAUGGACGCCUCAAUGGAUGUGGUCACCUCUGGGAACUGGACUGAAGAAAAAAUAGAUGCUGGGGAAACAAAAUCGGGACCAAACGAUAGUGAUCAGAAGUUGGUCCUACCCCUGCCGAAUCAACCACCAACACGAACAGUCCACAUUAAGAGGUUGCACGCGAGGCGUAUAAGCUCCACCUCACAAGCGGGUCAGAAUUCUAUGGACCAGACCUAUCCACCGCCGCCUCAAGCGCCACAGAUCACGAAACAUCACCCGACAGCGCCCUUACGGAUUACCCCAGAGAUUGGAGACUGGAAAAGAGAGGUGGAGAGGGAGACAGGGCGAUCUCAUGAGCAAAUUGACGCCCCCAACCCUUUGCCUGUGUCUACCACCACUACUGUCGCCUCUGCCAUACCCCCUUUCUCGGUUAGAGAACCGGUGGAAAAACAAGUGCGCAGUUGGUUAGAGAGCACCUCGGACGAGUAUGACAUACUUCUCAAACGGCAUCCGGCCACAGGCGCCUCCGUAGGCGGUGGCCAACUGAGUGCUCAGUCGCUAUGUCGCCAAAACAAUACAAUGGGACAGGACCAAUUUAGUAAUGAAGCCUACAUGUUGUGA